AUGAGUAAUUCUAAAUUAUAUACUCCAAAUGAUCUUAAUGAAUUCGAAAAUCACAAACGUUACUCCUCUAUGGGAAAGAGUAUAUCUAUUAAAAUAAUCAAUAUCUAGUGAUGGAAUCCAUGAAACAAACAGCACCUGCAUAUGGUUUUGGAUCAUCUACUAGAUAUUAAGCAUAAUCUAUCUAUAGAGAUAAAAAACUCCUUUAAAAAGGUAAGCAUAGUCCUGGUCCUUGCUAUAAUUCUUCUAAUUACAUUAAUUAAUUACUAUCUAAAAAUGCAACUGUUUAAAUAGGAACAUCUUAAAGAGAUUUCUUGAAUUCUAUUUAAUACGAUUACUACACAAGACAAGAUAGAGAUGUAUAAAAUAUUUUUAACAAAUUGAUAGUUUGAACCUCAAAGGGCCAAUGAUUUUAGAAAGAUGAAUUCAACUAUUGUAAAAAUUGGUCUAACCUAAAGAUUUUAAACAGAAUAUAUUAAAAAUAAAGUUCCUGGUCCUGAUCAUUAUGAUAAUCUUAUUAAAAAAAGAGGAAUUUAAUAUACAAUUGUUCCAAAAAGACCAAUAUCUAAAUCAUUUUAAGGUUCAACACCUGAUUUAAUUGGUCCAGGAGCUUAUGAUGUUAAUAAAUCAUUAGACAUAACUCAUGAAAGUUAACCAAGUAUUGGAUUCACUAAAGAGGAAAAGAUGAAACCUGUUAAAAGUGUUGAAAAGAAUUAAACAUAUUAUACAAUGUAUUCUUUUAUUAAUCAUAAUUAGGGGAUCUAUUGGAUUACAAAUUAAAUCUAAUUGUGUUACUAAACCAUGUUUUUCUAUUGGUAAAGAAAGCAGAGAUUUUAAACCAGGUAUUUUCAAAAGAGAUAUGGUUGGAAUUGUCACCAAAGUUAAAAUAUCAAUCCCUAAAUUUUGA